AUGGAACUUUCUUCUCCAAGAAACAACAGAGCCACUGAAUUUCACCCUUUUUCCACUUCACCACCUCACAUGCUUGCCUUCCACGUCGCAUGGCUAUCCUUGUUCUCUUGUUUCUUUUCCACCUUUUCAAUUCCUCCCCUUAUUCCAAUAAUUCGUCAAAACCUCAACCUCUUAGCUGUCGACGUCGGCGCUGCCGGUAAAGCCACUUUUGUCAGCUCCAUCUUCUUCCUCCUAGCCAUGGGACCCGUCUGUGACCUCGUCGCAAUCGGUCCACGUAUCGCCUCCGCCACUCUCUCCAUCCUCAUUGCUCCAAUAGUUUUAGCCACCGCUUUCAUUUCAUCACCAUCUUCUUUCAUCCUGGUACGGUUCCUCGUAGGUUUCAACUUCGUGGCCAACCAGUUUUGGAUAAGCUCAAUAUUCCCCACCUCCCUCGUCGGCGUCGCUAACGGUUUCUCUGUCGGUUGGGCUAGCAUGGGAGCCGGUAUCGCUCAGUUAAUCAUGCCCCUCUUGUUUUCCCUCGUGAAAUCCUUUAACGUACCGGAAAACACCGCAUGGAGGGUCGUUUUCGUCUUCCCGGCGACUUUCCAAGCUAUAACAGCGGUACUGGUCUUAGUUUACAGCCAAGAACUCCCACGUGAGAACCAUGAGAAUUUGAAAAAGGUUUCCAACAAGCCAAAUGAGAGUUUUCUGGAAGUUAUUUUUAAUGGAUUGAUGAACCAUAGAAGGUGGAUACUAGGCUUAAUAUACGCUUUCACUUUUGGGGUGGAGAUGACAAUGGAUAAUAUCAUUGCUCAGUAUUUUUACUAUAUAUUUGGCAUUGUUCCUUUCGUUUCCAAAAGGUACGAUCAGAGAUGA